AUGCAGCGAUCUUCAACAAGAUACACCACGUGGGAGGCUCUUGCGUUGCAUGAGUCCGUUCCUGCAGACCGCUGGUGCGUUACUCGCUCAGACCUGAAAUACUUGCGGCAUGAAGUUCGGAAGGCUAUUCAGACUGGCGAGAUUCGCCCGCCAGAUGACGGCUCUGACGCUUUUCAUGUGUCUGACAACGAGUAUGGGCCGAGCAUUUACACCGUGAACAUGCAGCACAUCAUGCCCGUGACAGAGAAAGCCGGCAAGGUUAGCUGGGCUUUGAUGCGACACCCGGAUGGCUUGGAAUGUGACUUGUUCAUCAGUCACGCCUGGCAAGAAGGUGUGUUCGAGUUCCUGUCCAAAGUCUUACAUUCCUGGCCUGUACGUGAGCGCCAUGCCUGGUGCUGCAUGCUGGCCAACCCACAGAAUCUGGAUAUUGGAGCAUUGCUACAGUCUCCUAGCAGCUCGCCCUUUGCGCUAGCCCUGCGGGCCUCCAGCCACGUGCUUGUGGUGCCCAACCGCCACUGCAGCAUCUACACGAGGCUAUGGUGCAGCUAUGAGGCAUAUGUUGCUCAAGAAGCUGGCAAGACGAUCCUCAUUGCUAGAAAAUCCAACAGGAGACUUUUGAUUGCUGCCAUGGCUUGGACCUUGUUGACAGGCCUG